AGUCAAGGACCGGAAGUCAUCAUCGCGUAAUUAUUUUUCGACCUGUUGUUACCUAAGUAUCAAAUUUGCCCUGCGUUUUUUCCGGAGCAGCAUGAAGCCACCAAAUUUCAAUCUUGAAUCUGAAGACGAGUCCGAAGUCAGCAGCAGCCAAGUUGCCUCCAACAAUUCUGCCCAAGAAAUUUCUCCUGAUCCUAACAAGGACAGCACGACCAAUUCGUCCUGUCUGACGAACUCUCUCAAUCUUCAGCAGGAGUCAAAACCUGUUACACUUGACUUGACUCUUGGCUUCAACAGCGGUGCUGAUACCGAGUCGAAGGGAAAUCCCGAGGCUGGCAGUGAAGUAGUGCCUCAUCCUCCAGCUGCACAAGUAUCGAGGAUAUUCUCGUGCAACUUUUGUAGGCGCAAGUUUUACAGUUCACAAGCUUUGGGAGGACAUCAAAAUGCACAUAAGAGGGAGAGGACUCUAGCAAAGAGGGCGAUGCGGAUGGGAAUGCUAUCAGAGAGGUACGCUAGCUUGGCAUCGCUCCCCCUUCACGGCUCCCCAUAUCGAUCUCUUGGCAUCGAAGCUCAUGGCUCCGUGCAUCAACGUGCCUCACAACAACAAGAAAGGCAUAUGCAUGCUAUUAGAGGCGGGGCAAGAUUUGAACAGGGCUAUUUCGGGGUGCCAGUAUACAUGGAGGAUGAUGACAUGGAGAUGUUUUGGCCCGGGAGCUUCCGUCAAGUUGACGGGGUCGGUAGCAACGUCGUGCUUAAUUCAGGUCAGAGGUCCAACAUAAAUUUUGUACCAAUGGCUCCACCACCUAAAACACAACCAUCAUUGCCUGACCUUAAUUUGAAACUGUGACACUCUUGCCAUUCACAUUUCUAUAUCUAUUUCAACAUCCUCCUGUUCCGAAAAAAGAAAAAUGCGAUGUUACGUUGUGUUACAUCCGCGUUGUAUUGUACAGGGAGAUUGAUUGAAUGUCUUAGAUUGAAUUGAGAUUUCGAGUUUUAUCGCGUUA